UGAAAGUGAUGUUCUUGAAUGGCUUGAGAGCCAAGUGGAUGAAAGCAAGGAGUUCAAGAUCUGCAUCACACGGGAAGACCUUGUCCAUAGGGGCUUUAUUCAAUGGCAGAGACAAAAGAAGGGCUGUCCUGUCAACAAACUGAAUGUGACUUUCAUCGGAGAAGCGGGAAUAGAUACUGGUGCAUUAAGCAAAGAAUUUUUGACAGAAAGGAUGCAUGGCAUAGAGAGGCGACUGUUCGAAGGCAGUGGCAAGAAGGGAAAGAGUCCUGUCUACUCCAUUAGUGACCUAGAAAAUGGUUUCUACAGAACUGCAGGAGAAAUGUUUGCAGUCAGCCUUGCUCAGGGUGGCCCAGCACCAUGCUUCUUUAGAAAAUGGUGUUACCAGUUUCUGGCAACAGGAAGCUUUGAUGUUUUGCAGCUAACCAAAGAUGAUGUGGAUGACCUUGAAUAUGCCUUGCUCAUCGAGAGGGUGGAGGCAGCAACUGAUCUAGCAGAGUUCACAGAUCAGAUUGUGAGUUGUGGCUACACAGGGCUGAUAAAGAUGGACAGAAAGGACAGUGUCAUAAGAGCCAUUGUUCUACAUGCAACAAUGCGUGUGACACCUAUGCUUCAGCAAAUCAGUAAUGGCCUAAAGGUGUACAACCUUCCAGAGAUGAUUGGGAGACACCCAAGUCUUUGUUCAGACCUGUUUGUCCCCAGAGAUGAUGACAACAGAGUCAGGAUGAAGACCAGGACAUGUGGAACAGUCUGA